AUGGAUCGUUUCCAAUACAAGCCGCUUGAUCCUAAUAGCAACCACAUACGUCUACUCCGCUUUUCGGACAAACUCGACAGCCAGUCUGGCUACACUCUUGACAGCUUUGACCUCAAUGAAUGCCCUCCAUACGAGGCUUUGUCUUACACGUGGGGACCUCCAAUUCCAACAAGUAUCAUCACUCUGAAUGAAAAACCGUUCGAGAUUCGGCAAAAUCUGUCCGACUUCCUUGAACGUAUUCGAAUUGGCAUCACUCUCCUCGAUAAGCAUGACUGUCCUCUCUUGCAUCCCCAGUAUCUAUGGAUAGAUCAGCUUUGCAUCAAUCAGUCAUCCGAGAAAGAGAAAUCACACCAAGUUAGGCGCAUGGCUGAGAUAUAUAAACAAGCGCAGCGUGUUAUUGUGUGGCUAGGUCGCGGUGACGAGGAGAGUGGCACGGCAAUGCAA